UCUCCCGCCGCCUCCACAGCCGUGUAUCAAAGAAGCCGCCGGCGCUUACUCAUCCUUUCCAGGAAUGAAAGUAGGCGGAGCUCUCACACUUUGUAUACUUCCUGGUUUGUUCCUUGGAAAUUUUAAAGAUGCUCGUGACACCGAACAACUAAAACAGAAUAACAUUACACACAUUCUUUCAAUCCAUGACAGUGCUCGGCCCAUGUUGGAGGGAGUAAAAUACCUAUGUAUCCCUGCUGCAGAUUCACCCUCACAGAAUCUAGCAAGGCACUUUAAAGAAAGCAUUGUUUUUAUCCAUGAGUGCCGGCUUAGAGGUGAAGGUUGUCUUGUCCACUGUCUUGCCGGUGUUUCCAGGAGUGCAACCUUGGUUGUGGCCUAUAUAAUGACCAUCACUGAUUUUGGCUGGGAGGAUGCAUUGUCUAUUGUCCGGGUGUCGAGAUCAUGUGCCAAUCCAAAUACAGGCUUCCAGCAACAGCUUGAAAACUUUGAAAAAAAUGAAGUGGCCCAGAGUUCCAGAUUCAGUCCCUAACAUCACAGGACAAGAAAGAUCUUGAGAAUAAGACUGCACAAGACCUUCCCAUUGCUAUUCCAGCUAUGUAGCUAUUCUUAUUACGAUUAUUUCUGGACUGCCUUUCCACAAAUAUCAGCAAGAUGGUGUGAUAUAAAUCAACAGACAGAAGUUAAUAAAAUAUUAGAUAUUAAAACAACAUUGUGUUUGUGGAUCUAAUUAUUUUUAGAGCUGCUCUACAGCUAUGUACGUGUCCUUAUUUCGAUUAUUUCUGAACUGCCUUUCCACAAAUAUCAGCAAGAUGGUGUGAUAUAAAUCAACAGACAGAAGUUAAUAAAAUAUUAAAUAUUAAAACAACAUUGUGUUUGUGGGGAUCUAAUGUAUUUCUAGAACUGUGCUGCUGUUUCAGCUGAUCUCUGGUGCCUAUUAUAUUACAUGUGACAUGUGCUUUUCUUCUGGAAAAUAUCUUCUGAAUAUUUUAAUGGUUAAAGUGUAAUGCUGUUUUUUUCAGGUGCUUUGCACUGCUCUGAACAGCUUCAGUAAGGGUGGUGUAGAAAUACUCUUUUUAAAAGCCACUACUAGCAAUUUAAUAAGCUAGGUCAGGGGUAGGCAACUUUGGCUCUUUUAUGACUCAUGGACUUCAACUCCCAGAAUUACCGAGCCAGCAUGGGUUUUAAAAAGAGUAUUUCUGCACCACUCCUACUGAAGUUGUUCAGAGCAGUGCAAAGCACCUGAAAAAAACCAGCAUGGCUGGCUCAGGAAUUCUGGGAGAUGAAGUCCACGACUCAUAAAAGAGCCAAGGUUGCUUACCCCUGAGCUAGGUUUUUUAAAAAAUAUAUCGGAUUUAUUUCAGUGCAAGGUAAGUAAGUCUCAUCUUACACUAAGAUAAACUGCUUUGAUAUAAAGCAGUUUCAUGCACAAUGGCUGGCUUCACAUUCUAUGUUCAUGCACAAUGGCUGGCUUCACUUUCUACAUUACAGCAUGGCUUGGUUUGGUUUGGUUUGGUUUGAUUUCAUUUAGUUAGAUAAGCCAGCUGUGGCUUAUUCAUUCUUCUAAAGGAGCACAAUUUGUGAACCUAGCUUUAUAGUGGUGAAAUCUGGGAGAAUGUCAUUCUAAAGCAGAGGGUCUUCAAACCUGGGCCU